AUGCACAAUGCAAAUAUAAACGGACCAAAUCACGCAAACUCCAUAGUCCCAUUAUGCAGAAUUUUGAAAUAUUCAAACACGGAAUUAGCAUGGUUACUCAUAGCUCAAGGUGCAAAUAUUAAUGCAAAUAAUGAUGACAGUGGAAAUCGAACAAUACAUCAACUUGUGAUCGAUGCUGGACAGGAAACAGGAGUGAACAGGACAAGGAUGGCAGAGAUAAUGGAAUAUAUGCUACAGAAUGAAGUCGAAAUAGAGUCAAGAAAUCGUAAAGGAGUAACAUCUGUGCAUCUAGACGUACGACAAAGGUACAUGGGAAUAUUUGAUUUGUUUAUCGAACACGAUUUGAAUAUGGACAUGGAGGACGAAAAAGAAAGAACACCAUUAUUCUACGCGGUGGAAUAUGGACAAUCGGAAAAAGUAAAUGCAUUAUUAAAGCAAGGGGCUAGAGUGAAUCAUAGAGAUUGCCAUGGAAUGACACCGCUGUUCAUGAUAUUUAAGAAAAUUUUGACUCACCGGUGUGAAGGAAACAACUUGUAUAGUCCGGAUCACAUAAGGAAGAUGGAAAUAACGGGAAUGUUGAUAAAAUUUGGAGCCAAUGUCAAUCAGCAGACGACUAAAGGGGGCGUAACACCAUUGCACCUAGCAGGGGCAAGAAGAUAUGAUGAGAUUGUAACGGUGCUGCUAGAAAAUGCAGCGAAUGUUAGUUAA